CGGCCGACGAAGGAAGCGGAAGAGCCUAUAGCGUGUGAAGGAGUGCGGCUCCCCUCUCGCCACGACGACGAACCCCAUGCCGCCCCGUCGCGCCGGCGCGGGCGGCGGAGACACCACCGCGUUCUUCGCGGCGACGCUGGUGCUCUGGGCUGUGUCGGUGGGGUUCGAAAUCGGCGCGCGAGGGCGCCGCGAGCUUGCCGCCGUGGCCGCCGGUUUCGCCUUCUUCCAGGCCGCCAACACCGCCGUCCGCGCCGCGGUCUCCCGUGACCCGCUCUUUGUCAACACCGCCGUCUCGCUCCUCCACUCCUCCCUCACAUCCGCCUCAGUUGUCUUCGUUCUUCUCUGCCGAUGGCGCAAAAAGGGUCUUGAAAACAUGUUUGAGCAUGAAGAAUUAGUUGGUAGCAGUUGGGUUGGAGCAUAUUCUGCUCUGUGCUUUUCAUGUGGCUAUUUUGCUUAUGAUCAAUUGGAUAUGCUCCGCUACCGACUGUACAGUGGAUGGAUUCCUGGAAUUCUCAUGCAUCACCUUAUCCUGCUCAUUUGCUUUACCCUUGCUCUGUACCGGAAUGUUACAAUCAACUACCUAAUUCUCUCUCUUGUAUGCGAGAUGCACUCCAUAUUUUUGCAUAUAAGGAAAGUGAGGAGAAUGGCAGGUUUUCGUGAUUUCAACAGAAAAAUGGUGAAACUGGAAUGGAUACUCAACUGGUCUACCUUUUUGACAGCAAGGGUCAUCUGCCACAUACUGAUUACAUACAAAUUGAUAACUGAUGCGCACAAGUUUGAUAAGGGCAUUGAGCUUCCACUAGCUCUUUUUGGUAUGGCAGGAAUGAAUGUACUCAACAUAUCUUUAGGACUUGAUCUAUUUAAAGCAUUCGCAAGAGAGAGAAAUCAGCAGGUGCAUCAAGACUGAAUGUGACUUUCUUGAUAGUGUACUAUAAAUUUUUGGCAAGGUUAUAGUCACACCAAUGUAAAUCAGCAGACAGAGGUAUGUUCAAGUGCUAUUAGCCUCUAGGCUGUUGUAAUCAGCCAUAUACUUUGUUAUGUAAGCUGAAUUUGUGUCAAUAUCUCUUCUAGAAUGGAUUCUUUGUCAUUAGUGGACAUUACGUUAUGACAUCCACACAUAGACAAGACAACCUGGAUGCAGCAUUUACAAAGGUUAAGGUGAAAAGGGUGAAAGUGUGUGUAUCCUGUGUAAUACUUUUUUUCAUUUCAAAACCUCACCUAACAUACUACAGAGAUGCUUAGGAAACUUUGUUUUUUUGUGUAAUGUUUCGCUGUGAAUGUUGAUAUAUGUUGUUAAUUCA